CCACGAAGCUUCGAAAACCCACCCCGGUAUAUAUAUAUGUAUUUCCCACCAUUUUUCUUCUUCUUUCUUCUCCCUUCAUCUUUCUUCUACUGUAAUUCUUUCAUUUCCGCCCUCCUUUGGCUUUCUCCCAAGCCCUAGAAACUAGUUACUGAAUUCCUCACCAUGUCGCCUGCCUGCUGUGGCGACAAUGGUUGCGCCGCCGCUCUUGAUCGCGAUUCCCCCGGUCAAGAUACUGCUGCGCAUUGCAACAGAUCCGAUCGUUCAUCUUCAUCUUCCUUUUCUUCUUCUUCUUCUUCUUCUUCGGUAGUUUACAGUUCAUUGCCAUUGAAGGACUCCGAGAAGCUUCAGAGGAUAGUGAUUGCUGCGGCGAAGGGCUUCAGUAUUGGAGCUGGUCUCAAAGGCGGUCUCGCUCUUUUCUCUAUUUUAGUUCGGUUGAGACGAAGAAAGGCGUCGGCUUCUCUCAGGAAGGAAGGAGUGAUAACGAAUAGUGAGGCAAUCGUUACUGCUCUGAAGGAGACACUGCGAUACGGUCUAUUUCUUGGCACUUUCGCUGGUACAUUUGUCUCGGUCGAUGAGAUUAUAGGCUCUUUGGGAGGUCAUCGUAGGACAGCAAAAUGGAGGGCUCUUUUAGCAGGGGCUAUAGCUGGACCUUCCAUGCUUCUUACUGGAGUUAAUACGCAGCACACUAGUUUGGCUAUUUACAUACUUAUGCGAGCUGCGGUUUUAGCGUCGCGUUGUGGGAUUAAAAGCAAACGGUUUGGGAGAUAUUGUAAGCCACUCACAUGGGCUCAUGGCGACAUUUUCCUUAUGUGUGUCUCUUCUUCCCAAAUUCUGUCUGCUUACAUACUGAAGCAGGAUAGUUUGCCUCCAUCUUAUAAAUCAUUCCUCAAUAAACAUGGUGGAAAGGAUACUGUUAUCUUGAAUGCUGUGAAAGAGAUUGCGUCUGGCAUGCCUUUCAGCAACUUGGAUGCUGUAAAAAAAUAUUACAGAACUGUUGGCGUGGACGUUAAACUAGAUCCUGAUAUGAAAGUUCCCUGCUCGAUUGUGCAUGGAAACCAGUCAUGCAGUUCACAUGUUGUUUCUUUUCUUAUUCAAGCCUAUAAAAGAGCAUUACCAGUUUAUCUACCAGUAUAUCUGAUUCCUGCACUUAUAGUUCAUCGUCAGGACCUCUCGAAAAGGCCUUACACAAUACUAGGAAAAGGUCUUCUUGGUACUGCAAGAUCAAGCUUGUUUCUGUCUGUAUAUUGCUCAUCAGCCUGGAUGUGGACGUGCAUAUUCUUCAGGAUUUUCAGGAAAUGUAAUAUUCCAAUGGUGGCAAUGGGAACGUUUCCUACAGGUCUAGCUUUGGCCAUUGAGAAGAAAAGCAGGCGUAUCGAAAUAUCACUCUACUGCCUUGCUCGUGCCAUUGAGAGCUUCUUCACAUGCAUGGCCGAAGCUGGGUACUUGCCCCAGUCAAAGAAUUUUAAGAGAGCUGAUGUGGUGAUUUUCAGCUUAUCAACAGCCAUCAUAAUGCACUGUUAUGCACAAGAGAGGGAAGUCUUUCGAUCCAAAUACUUGAACGUUCUCGAUUGGGUUUUUGGCAUUCCACCUCCACCAUGUGAGACCCCUCGUUGCAAAAGAAGUUUAGAAACUGAAUUGGGUUUCCAAGACACGGUUUGAGACCCUCAAGAGGUUUAUUAUGGACUACAGAAAAAGGACUUCCAUAACAUCAUAUCAUGGUAUGGCUAUGGACCAAGCCCACGUCGGGUGAGCACCAAACUCCGACCAUGGGUCCAACGAAUUGUACGGCCACUGUCACAGUAGCACUGUUGUGCUAUCUUUGUAGAGCAUAAAAAAACCGAGCUGAUCAAGUCCAGGGCAUGGAAGCACAAGACAAUGUCUCUUCUUUUUCUCAUUUCAUCAUACUCUCUUGUAUUUCUCAGCUACAAUUUCACUUUCCCGAACCAGAUGUCACUUACUUUGUAUCAUUGUUGUUCGUAAACGACUUAAUUUAUUUCUUCAUAUAAUCAAAUAAUUAUUAUAUAUUUGAUUAGGAUUCGUAUUGGACUAUUUUUUUCCCCUUCA